AUGUUGAACUGGAUAGAUUUUCAAAAAAAAGCAGCAGAAAAGUUGGAAGGAGUUGAGACAGAAAGUGGAAAUUGCGUUAUUGACAAUGAAAGUAGAAGCAAUAGUAUGAGUUAUAAUGAUGGAAUAAUAAGUAAGAUUAGCAAUAGUAUUAUUGGGAAUAAGAGUGAGAAUAAUAUAAAUAAUUGUGGAGAUGAAGAAUAUGAAAAAUUAAGAAGUAAUUUUCUAAAAGUUAGUGAUGAAAUGAGUUAUAACAUAAUUAGAUUAAUAAACAGUGAAUUGGUUGAAGGAGAUGAUAAGAUAGAAAAACUAGAGAGCAAAGAUGAUAGGGAUAAAGUUUUUAAAAGGGUAAUAAACUAUAGAAAAGACUUUAAUAAUAUUUUUAAAGGUGAGAAGAAAGAAGUGAAUUUGAGAGUACAAUUGGAUGAUAUUAAAUCUAUAUUUCUUAAUUUGGUAGAUAAGCAAGAAAAGGAAUUGAAUUUGUGGUUAAAUUGUGGAAGCAAUCAAAAAAUUGAAUUGAAUGAAAGGAUUGAAUGUAUUUAUAGGGAAAUAUUUACAUUAUCAGAGAUUUUCUGUGAUUCUUUACUUUUAAAUAUAACAUGUAUAUUGGGUUAUAUUUCAAUGGAGGAGCAUUCUUUAUGGGUAAGCAUUAUUUCUCUGUUAAUAGUAUUUGAAAUUAGAGCUUGUCAACAUGCGAUUUUAUUAAAAGAGAAUGAGUUGAUUAGUGGGAUUGUUGAAGAAAAUUUUGUAAUACUUGAAUGGCUAAAUAGAAAUUGUGAUGAAUUUUUUUCACUAUUACUAAAACAAUAUUCAUUUAUUCCAAUUACAUAUAAAAUUGGAGAGGUACUUCGAGAUAUAUCUACUAUAUUGAAUCUUGCACAAGGGCCAGGGAUUGUUGAUAAACAAAAUAACAAAACUUUUCCAAUUUCUGAAUCAUUUAAGAAUAAAAGCAACGAAAUAACACAGAAUUUAAUAUAUAAACAAGAAAUCUUUAUUAAUUUGAUAAAUUUAUCUGGAAAUCAAUGCUUUGACAUAUCUUCAGACUCUAUUUCAACUUUGAGAUGUUAUUUAUUUGUUUCACCUAAAAUGACCAAUGAGUACAUUUUAAAGAAUCAACAGAUUUUCUUCUCGAAUAUAUUCAGAAUUCUCAUCCAAUCAAAUGAAUAUGUACCAAAAAGGCAUGGUUUGAGACUGUUGAAUCAGCUUUUAUCGCUUAAAGAACUUUCAAAAGUAAUGACAGUAUUCUCAAGUAGUUGUGAAUAUCUCAAAAUUUUUAUGAAUUUGAUCACGUCUCAUUUAAAUACUAUAUCAUUUGAAGCCUUCCAUAUAUUCAAGCUUUUUGUUGCAAAUCCAAACAAAUCUUUAGGAAUUCAAAAGGUCUUAUUUAAAAACAAGGAAAAAAUUGUUGAAUUUCUUAUUAAUUUCCAAACUUCCAGAACGGAUCCACAAUUUAUUUCAGAUAAACAGGUAAGUCCUUUGUAUUUAAUAUGUAUUUAA